AUAAUAAUAAUGUGACCAAACCCAAAUACGUCUCUUCUCCCCUUCUCUCCAAUCAAGGACAAAACCAAAAAAUAAAUGGCCAUGAAAGGGGAGGAGAGGGAUCCAAUAAAGAUCCCGAUCUCCAAUCCUCACCAUGGCUAUGGCACCUUCCCACAAACACCAGCGCCAUCUGCUCCUCUUCUUUACCCUCAGCAGCAACAGCAUCAACAGCAACAUCCCUUUCCCUAUCAUUCAACCCCAGUUGGGUAUCAACCUGUUCCCUAUACUGUUGGGGUGCAAGAAGGAAUUCCUGUUACUCAACCCCGGCUUCCCUUUUGUGGCAUUGGCGUUGGAUGGGCACUGUUCUUAGCUGGUUUCUUUCUGGCUGCAAUUCCGUGGUAUGUUGGUGUUUUCAUCCUUGUGUUCGUGUCUCAGGACUACAGAGAGAAGCUAGGACUGGUUGCAUGUACAGUUGCAACAGUUGAAUGAACUAUGUUGCUUGCAGGCGGCUCUUGCCACAUUGCCUUUCAUCCUUAAGCCGUUUCAUGAAAUUUUUGGCUGGUGAAGCUGAAGUGUACAUGACAUUAAUUGCUAUGCUGGUGUGUAUAUGUAUAUGUUUCUCAUUUGUUGCUCGUGGUGGUUGGUCCUGUUAUAUUACUCUUGGAACAUAUUCUGUUCUGACAUAUGAUAUUUGUUUACUAAUGAAAUUUAGUAUGUGCUAUAA